AUGAAGCUCCUCUCUACCGCCUUUGCUGUGUUUGCACUCCUCGCUGCUACGACGGAGGCUUCCCCCAUGCUCCGCCAAGCAGCGGAGGGAAAGAAGAGCAAGAAAACUCAGCAACCGACGGAAGCUCCGUCAGCACCGUCGGGCAGUGGUUGCACCCUUUCCGGUACUUACAAGAAGGGCACGGACAUCUCCAAGUGCAGCAGUAUUACUGUGAGCUCGCUCAGCGUGCCACCCGGUGUCACGCUGGACCUGAGUCUUGCCAAGACCGGUGCCACUAUCGAGUUCGUCGGCACCACCACUUUCGGUACGCAGAAGUGGGAAGGUCCUCUGGUGCGUGUCAGUGGAACUGACCUUACCGUCAAGGGCUCCGGUAUCCUCGACGGCCAGGGUGCUUGGUACUGGAAGCAGGGUCAGUCGAUCACUCGCCCGGUCUUCUUCAAGCUGCAGAACGUCGUCAGCUCCACUGUGUCUGGCUUUACCAUCAAGAACAUGCCAUUCCGAACCUUCAGUAUCGUCACCAGUAAGGACACGACACUCUCAGGUCUCACCAUUGACUCGAGAGAUGGCAACGGCUUGGCCAAGAACACGGACGGCUUCGACCUGACCAAGAACGACCACAUCACGAUCACCCACAACAAGAUUUACAACCAGGACGACUGUCUCGCCAUGCAGUCCAGUACCAACACGGUCUUCAGCUACAACCUGUGCUGCGGUGGCCACGGUAUUUCGAUCGGUUCACUGGGCGGUAACAGUGUUGACCAGUCAACUACCGUCGAUGGUCUCACAGUCGAAGGAAACACGAUUCAGAACAGUGACAACGGCGUGCGUAUCAAGACCAUCAUCGGACUGAAGGGUCUGGUUUCGAACGUUAAAUACAUCGACAACGAGCUCUCGAACGUCAAGAACGCCGUCGUCAUGCACUCGGACUAUAGCAAGGCCAAGGGUGGCUACACCGGUUCUCCUACCAGCCAGGUUACCAUUUCAGGUGUCACCAUUUCGGGUCUUACGGGCUCGGCGACGAACUUGUAUGACAUUGUCGCCAACCCAAAGGUGGUGUCUGGCUUGGACUUCUCGGGCGUGUCUGUGAGUGCAUCGGUCAAGGGCAAGCUUGCUGGUCUGCCCAACAGCAUCGAUCUUUGA